AUGAUUGGCCGGUUCGUCAGCCGCUGCGGCGGGGGGGGUUGGGAGUUCCCUCCCGACGGACAGGACAGGAAAAACGUGUUUGGCUCUUUCUCCUCCCUCCUGCCCGCCGCAGGGCGCCGGGUCCGCUCCCUCAGGAGCCUCAGUCUCGCCCUGACAGACAAGUCUCUCCUCGCACCUGAGGAACUGUCUUCAUCCCACACACGUCUGCACACCGCCCGGCAGCGAAGGCAGUGCACACAGACAAAGACUGGCUGGCCUCCUUCAUUGGCUCAGCUGACACAGCUCCUUGAAAACAAGGUGGAAAUCUUCCAGAAGACGGUGUCCACUGAAGAGCAGAGUUCAGAGCACCGGGAUUUCCUUGGGAGCCAUUUUGCCCAGAGUCGAGAACUCUCGUCUCACCUGAGCGACUUACAGAGGAGGACAGAGCAGGAAGUGGGCCGAAUCCAGCAGCAGCUGGGAGAGUUGAGACAGCAGCAGGACGUGCUGACCGUAGAGCUGAGAGACUGUGAAGCCCAGCAGGCUGACACUGAGGCCCUACUGCAGGGAUCCCCCAGCCCUGAGGACAGGACUGCUCUGGUGCGGGUGCAGAGGGAGCUCCAGGAGACCGUCAGGAGGAGGGCCGAGCAGGCGACAGCUCUCAGCUUUCAGGAGGAGGGGCUGAGCGCCCUGCAGGUGAUGCUGGGUGAGGACCUCCAGAGGUACCGGGAGGAGACACAACGUCUGCACGACUUCUCUGAAAAAAUGUCUAACGGGACGCAAGAGGAAAAGCAGCACAACUUUCUGGAGAACAACACGGGAGCCGUGCGCAAGGAGGCUCGAGGAAUCUCAGGAAUCGGCAUGCAGCGGUUCGCCAGUCUCUUUAACGAGCGUGCUACGGUUUUGCCGUGGAAAAGCGUACACCCUAACGGACGGUCCGUCAUCAGGUCUGAGGACAGAGCUAUGCCUGGACAAAGACACAGGACAGGCCCCGGGGCUUCGGGAUCCAACCUAAGACGAGCAGGCAGUGUCAAAGAUCUGAUCCAAAGGUUCUCCGGUCCCGAGAGCGGGCCGACGUCCCCGGGGAGGUCCGCCCCAUCGUCACCGACCGAGUCCCCAGACAUCAGCCGUGGAAGCGGGACACACACAGGGGAGAGCCGCUUAGACUCUGAACUGACUGUGUCUGAGAUAAGACUGGAUACACGCCCUUCCUCGUUGAGUAGCGGGGAUGGGGAAGUGGCCGUCGGACAGGGCCCUUUACCCGCUACGAGGGUGACGCCUCCACUAGAGGGAGCUCAAUCCCACAAGGAACAGGCAACUGGGCGUCCCCGGAACUCAACACACUACAGCUCCAAGAGCGGUUCUGAGAACAUUGGGGGGCUCCUCAACGGAUCGGUGACUGUUGAUGGGGCUGGUUCGGAAUCAGACUUUGAUCCAAGCAAGCAGCCCGAAAGCCCGUCAAUUGAGACGCCAUCAACCCCCAAACCCAAACAGAGCCCCAAAUAUCAGCUGUUCCUGAGCUCGGACGUGAUUGGGAACGGGUCCCCGGACACGGACAGAACGGCCAGAGAGAACGGGCCCAGGACCUCCCACUGGGAGAGCAGCAGCGGGGGCUCCAGAUUCGGUACAAACUACCGCGGCUCUCUGGAAUCUCUGACCUCGCGGGAGUGGGACAACAUGUCGGACCGGGUGGGGGGCGUUGAGAGCCCACGAGUGUUCAACAGUCCCUAUGCAAAAUCCAUCGAUUUUAACCCCAAUUACAGAAUGUCAGAGUUUAAGGAUGUGCUUUCCCCAGCCACAUCAGAGAUCAACCUGUAUACUUACAACAGCAGGAGCAGCAGCCCAGUGAUUGGAUCAAAUGCCACCCGGCAACGCUUCUCUGCUUACGACACCCUACGGAAACGUGAGCGUGAGGUCAUGCCCAAUAUGCAGGUCAUGCCCAAUAUGCAGGGCAUGCCCAACAUGCAGGGCAUGCGGCCAGGUGCUCCCAACAGGCGGGACUUCAUCGAAGAGCUCACCAAGCAGCUGGAUGUCUGUCAGAAGAGGAACCAGUUCCUGGAGGCAGAGAGCAUCGAGAUGGAGAAGGAGCGGAACCAGAUCCGCUUCGAGAUGAGGAACCUGCUGGUGACCAAGGAGGACCUCCUGCGGGCCAACAGCCAGAUGCAGCUGGAGAUGAAGAGGACGAGGGAGAUGAUGGUGGAGCUGCAGAAGGACAACCAGGCGAAGAGUGAUCGCCUCAGGCAGCUAGAGGUGGAGGUGAAAGAGGCCAGAGAGGUGAUGGUGGAGGCCAACACUCAGGAAUUAGCCUUCAACUACCUACAGCAGUCUCUACAGAACAAAAUACAAGAUUCUGAGGAAGGUCUGGAGAAGCAGGCGGAGCAGAUUCAGAUCCUGUCGGAGAAGCUGUGGCAGGCAGAGCGGGCCCUGGAGCAGCGCGAUCUGGACCAUCAAAUGCGGGACAAGAAGAACGCCGACCUGGGCAACACCGUGACGCACCUGGAGUUGCAGCUCGAGGAGGCGCGGCAGGUGUCCAAUAAGGUGUUGGCCGAGACCAGCCUGCUGGAGAAGCUGAAGCGGGAUGCGGAGGCCAGGGUGGAGGAGCUGGAGGAGACCAUGAUGGAGAAGAACCUGGAGCUCCAGAAGUUCCAUCAGACCGUCAGCCGCCUGCAGGGAGAGGUGUCGGGGAAGCUGAUCGAUAAGGAGCGCUCUCUGGAGGAGGAGAUCCAGCUGAGGGAGCGGGCCCAGCUCCAGUGCAAGCAGGCCGAACGGACCCUGGAGGACCUGCGCAUGGAGAUGCAGACCCUGGCCCAGUCGAAGGAGGACGUGGUGAAGCAGCUCAAACAGGCCCAGGAGAGGAUGAUCGACCUGGAGAGUGACCUGGAAGAGAUGCAUGACAACGAGCAGAGGUGGGCCAGCAAGCACAAGCGGGCCCUUGAACAGACUGAGCAGCAGCAGCUGAAGCUGUUGCAGAUGAAGGACUUGACCGAGCAGCGGGAUUGUGAGAAAGCAGUUCUGGAGAGACAGAUCCGGGACCUGCGUGUGGAGGUGCAGGAGCUGCAGAGCUCCAGGGUGCAGGAGGACGUUAUCACCAGGGCUGAAAACAGGGUGAAGGACCUGGAGAACACCAUCCGCACGGAGGAGAGGAAUAAAUUGGCGCUUACGAACGCCAUUGGGAAGCUUGAGAGGAAAAUCUGUGAGCUGACAGAGCAGAUGGACGAGGAACACAAGCUGGCCACAGAGCAGAAGGAUCUGAUGGCACAGCGGAUCCGCUCUCUGAAGCGGCAGCUGAACGAGGUGGAGGAGGAGGCGAGCCGCAAGGAGACACAAUACCGCCACACCGCCAGGGAGCUGGCGGACGAGAGGGAGACGUCCGCCCGGCUGCAGAAACAACUGCUGGACCAGCACCUUAAGACCAAGCGGAGUGAGGCCCUGUCGGUGAGACAGACGCUGGACAACCUCCGAUUGGACCUGAGCGAUGACGACGAGCCGGAAACACUGGGUAUAUCCAGUGCUGUCUAAGGCGUCAGAACCGGGCCUGUUCUCCACCGACCAGUCACAUCCUACCCAGUACCUGCAGACCACUGCAGAACCAGCCAAUGAGCAUGUGCAAUAUGCUGACCCAAAAUCUUCACCAUUAUCCAAACAUAUGACAGAAAAUUAUUUGGAGUGAUCUAUGAUUAUCAGGUUUCAAAGUUUGGUAUGUUAGAGGAGGUAGGAGUUACGGGGGGGAAAAAAAACAUAUUUUAUCUUCAUUUCCUGCCUGUUUGUGUAUUCAUUUUUCUUGUUACACCACUGAAAUGGUUGUAUUUAAGGGAGAUAAUCAGGUUCAUUGAAGCCAUUAGGGUUGGCUUCAUGAUUACUGAAAAAUAAGCUUAUUUUAUUUUUGCAGGGAUAUGUACGUAUUUUCUUGUACUCUGUAAUUGGAUGUAAUGGGAAAGGGAGAUUGAUAUUUUGAUAUUGUCAGUUUUUUUAACUCUACAGAUAAUGGAGAGGUCUUCAUCUGCCUCACUCUGGGUAUUACAGUAUGUUUGCCUGGGUUACCCAUGAAUAUGCGUAUGUACAAUAGCUUCUUUAGAUUUCUGAAAUAUUUUGAAAUAGGAUUCAAAUGUAAAGCAUUGCAGAGGAGCAGUUCUGUGAUUCGGGACUUCCUAAGACACUGGACAUCUGAUUCGGACGGAUUAACCACCCAUUUGGCAUUGUGGAGUACUAGAAGAAGGAGAGAAAAGUCCUCUGUUGGGCACAUGAGAACUUACAGUUCAUGGAUGUGGACAAGUGGAGUUCUACCACACUGCUCCACAGGAAGUUGAGUCUUUGGGACCACACGCACGUUCGGUGGAGCAGAGUCUUUGGGACCACACGCACGUUCGGUGGAACAGACUAAACGGACAGUGAUGCGCAAACUCUGACACAGUGCAGCCAUAUAUAAACACACUACGGGGAGAGGGUGAAAUAAUGGGUCUGUAUCUUAUUUUCAUGUCACUAAACUCUCUGUAUGGAGAGACGGUGUUCCCCUGAAGAAGAACAUAGAGUCCACAGCCGUGGAUUGUAAGAUAAAUGAAUGUAUUUUGAGUAUUUUGGGAAGAUUUGGUGUAUAUUACGAGCCACUUCAUCUGUUAGACUUAAGAUCCUGAAAAGGUUGAAAGCUGCAAAAAAUUUGCCUGUGUGAACCUUCUGCUUUCUGUUUACAGUACGUCGGCAUUGAGCCCAGCUUACCAUUUGUAUAAAUCAAGUCGAGGUGUUUCUUGUGGUACUCCUGACAGUACCACUGCCUUUAAUAGAUUUACAUUUAACAUCAGAUGUACACUGGCAACACUAUUCCCCUGCACUAUCAUGCAUUUGAUGGAAGGAAGUGGUUUAUUUAAUGUAUGAAAGCAACUUUCAAUAUAUUUUAUCUUCUGUCAACCAAGCUCUCUAACCUGUCAAUUUACAUGUACAGGAUAUCUUGCAAAUAAUUCUAACACUAUUUUCUGUUUUGUACCAUUGUAGCAGAUAUUUUGUGUUUGGCUGGGUAUGGUUGUGAUUUUAUAUCUGUAUAUGUUGAUUUAGGGUGGGUGUACAUUACGCAUUUUGCAUUAAGUACUGAAAGCCCAUGUGUUUUCAAUACCACAAAUAACCACAAUUGUACAUUCACACAUAUAGUCAAAUGUCGAAAAACAACUGAUUUAGGAAACAGGUCAAACAGUCCUCUGACAUGUAAGGCAAUUGGAUUUGUCAUUUAUAUUUAACGGAUGGACCAGCUUUGGGAUCUCAUUCUAAGCCUUAUGGUCUACAAGGCAUAUCAAAACAUGGCAAUAAGCAAACCACUCUCACCUCUCAGACACUUGCACUGUGGUGUUAAAUGGUGAUAAACAGCUGCAGGUAUAACAGUGUAAUGGUCUUCAUUUGAACAGUAGCUCCUUUCCCCCAAAUUACAAUCUGAAUCUUGAAGCAAUGCUACAUGAAUAUAGUGUGUGGAGGGACUUGGACCAUGAAUUUAAGGAUACCUUUAUUGUGUAUUACAAAAAGGGGCCUUAAUGUAUUAGGUAGCCAACACAAGGCCUAAAGGGGUACUGUGUAACACUAUAAUGCUUCAGAAAGCGUUUAUGCUGUUAUGAUAGUUCUUGUACCCAUACUCUGUAAAGACAUGUUUGUGAUGCCUGUUGCUUAUGAACAUCUGUAAGAAUAUUGACAUUGUUCUACAGAUUUUACACGAAUGACUAUGAACUCUGAAACUGUUUACAAGUAUUGUGUGGGCUACAUUAAAAUGUAAAAACUUUAAACAGUUGUUCUUCUAGGAAUGAAGUGCCAUAUUUGCACUUACAUAACACCCAUUGUUAGUGUGGUAUCAAAUGGUUAAGCGUCUUAGUGAAUGCUGAUAUUCAAAUGUGUUUGUUAACAGUUUCCAUUUGUAAAAAAACAACAACUUUGUUUCCAGAUGAAAAGACAAUUGUAUGAGAAAUGAGAAUAAUAAUUACUGGAGUUAUGUGAUUGCUGCAUAAGGUGGCUGUUUGAAUGUACGUUUUCAUAAUGAUGGUUGCUUUGUAUUAAUGUCUGGGGUCAACAAGCCCACCCCUUCCGUACCCUAGAGUUUCGGUUGCGCUUCAGAAUCUCCCGCUGGGUUGACGUGGGGGUCGAGAUGGGUCACGAAUGUCACAUGAAAAAAAAAGUCCAGCAGGCAAAUUAAACUGCAGUACUACAGCAGACAGAGAUGGAGUGUAGCUGUUUUCACGAGUUUAAAAAACUAGUAACACUGUAAACUACAAAUCUUAACAUAUGACAGGUUAUGUCUUUAUAAGGUACGGGUCUCAGCGAAUGUAUUGGUUCAUUAGGUGUGCCAGGGUUGUGCAAGUCUAGGAGUGGAACUUCAGGGCCGAAAGGAUCUGCUUUCUAUGAGCUGUGAGGUGGUGGUUUGUCUAUUUUGCUAUUUUGCCAAAUAAUAAAAUGACUAAUUUUGUAAGAAUAAGCAUGCAGGUCACAAAGAAAAGGAACAAAAGGAUAAUUUGCAAAAAAAAAAAGGUAUUUUUUAUAUUUAAAGGUCUUAUGGCAUAUUUAUUACAUUUUUUGGGUGAAGUGAAAUAAGCUUUCUCAUUAAAGAAUUCUAACUGCACUGUAUGUUUCCAUCUCUCUUGCAACUUAAACUUUUAGCAAUGUGUACUCCACACAUUUAGAUUGGUAAUCAAACAAUUCACACGUGGCUCACAUUCUCACCUCUUAUUUAAAGGUAUUUUUGUAUAAGCCCUACAUUUCAGGGCAUGUAAUGUUUGGGACAUAUUGAUGUUAUGUACAUAAAUAAAAGUAGUCAUGUUUA